AUGACCGCUUAUAUUCCAGGUUUGCUCGAGCGUCUAAGCGCCCCAAUUGUAUCCUCCAGACUCGAUGAUGAUGACCUUGCAUAUCUAGGCAAAUACGAAUCCGAAAUAUCUGACUCGGAUAAUUUACAAAAUAUAUACUCAAAUGAUACCAUAGUAGCAUUAGGCGAUUUGGACGCUAAAUACAAACAACAAACUUACUUAUCAUCGUUAAAUUCACACAUUGUUGAUCAAGACGCACAAAUUGCGUUCUAUCCUGUAAAAUAUACAAACAAAAUCAUUCGAAAUGACAGUAAUCUCACUUACAGACGCACAACUUCAUCACUUUCCAAUCCCUUGGUGAAUUAUAUUCAAAAGUCACAACAUGAUACCCCUGACCCAGUUGAUUCGAACAUUCAAAAUUCAUCUUCUGAACAAUACGCCAUAACAACAGCCUCUAGCGGAUCAGAUAAAUCUAAAAGGUUAUCACAUGACAACAGCAAAACUGAUCAUGAUAUCCACGACAAAUCUGGUGUUGUAACCGCAAAUAAUCAUAGCACUGAUAGAUUUCAGAAUGCUGGAGAUCUUGUUUGGCAGCCUGGAUUUACUAGACAGCUUGGAACUAAGGGUAGAAGAGUCUUACUUGAUUUGAUAAGGAAGGUUUACCGAGGUAAUCCUGAAUAUUUUAAAAACAUUUUGGCAUUAAAAAAUCCACCAACAUCAAUAUCAAACCUACCAUUUUGCAACGUUACUAUGCUUUGGGAGUUAGCCAACGAUUUUGGUGUUUUUGACCAGGCAAUACAAAUUCACUAUGCCCAUGGUAAACCAGGAUAUCCAGCCAAUUAUCACAAUACAGCCAAUUAUGGCUGCAAUAAGACCCGCAAAACAAAUAGCGGUAAGAGCAAAAAAAAUAAAUUCUAUAACUAUGAUUAUGAAGCUUACGAUGAAUAUUAUGAAGACGAGUAUAUAUCAAGUUUUUCCAAUGGUAGAACUUCUAGGGGCAGAAAGAUCGUACAACCCAAACGCUUUGAUGACUAUGAUCACUUGUUGGAUUCCAAUUAUCAAGUUGAAUAUGGCUACUGUUCUAAUAGGCAUUUGAAUAAGGAUGGGAACACUAUAUUAUACUAUAAGAAUAAGAGCCAUGACUAUGUAAAUUUGGGAGAGUUGAAAGGGCACAAAAUCGAAAGAUUCACAUCGCAGCUUAUUUGUUAG